AUGACGCCGGCAUCGGUCGCGCGUGCGCUUGGCUUUUUGACCCGCCUGCCGGUGCCGGCGCGCUUCUUUGGCGCCGGCCAGGUUGCGCUCUCGGACGAUGCAGGCAGCUUCGCACUGGCCGGCGCAUUGAUCGCCGUGCCCGGUGCCGUGCUGCUGCUGAUUGGCGCAGUCUUCGGCGCGCCGCCCUUGAUGAUGGCGGGCAUCGCGGUCUUGGCAACGAUCGCGCUGACCGGUGCCCUGCAUGAAGACGGGUUGGCCGACACGGCCGAUGGAUUUGGCGGCGGCGCCACCGGCGAGCGGCGCAUGGACAUCAUGCGCGAUUCAGCCAUCGGCACCUAUGGCGUGCUGGCGGUGAUCGCGUCGGUUCUGCUUCAGGUCACAGCUUUGGGCGCGCUCGCGGAAACCGGCGUGAUCCAGGCCGCCUUCGCAUUCGUUGCGGCCCACACCGCCUCGCGCGCCGCCAUGGUCUGGCAUUGGUCGAAAACGCCGCCGGCGCGCACCGAUGGGGUCGCCGCGGCGUCGGGACAACCCCCCACAACAGCCGUGAACGCGGUUCUGGUCGGCGCCGGGAUCGUCCUCGCAUUGGCCGCGAUCCUCGCAACCGGCGUCGUCGUCACGGCGCUCGCCGCGGUUGCCGUUUCUGCGGCAACGGCCGGCUUCUCGCGCCUGUCCGGCCGCCUGAUCGGCGGGCACACCGGCGACACGAUAGGCGCGACCGAACAAAUUGCGCGCUCGGUGAUGCUGGUCGGCCUUGCAAUGGCCGCCUGA